AUGGCCGAAGCAGCUCAGAAGAAAAUAGAAUCGCUAAAAGCUCGACGUCUCGUUUGCACCAAACAAUUAGACAGAAUAAAUGAGUUUCUAUCAGAAAUUAAUGCAGAAACACUUCUUUCGGAAUUCGAGGUUCGUCUUCAAGCUUUGGAGUCUGUUUUCAAAGCAUUUGAACAACUCCAGAUCAAGUUGGAGGAUAUUGAUCCCAAGGAAAUUGGUGCCAAAGUCGACGUGCGAGCUGAAUGCGAGGAGAUGUACUACAAAUCAAGAUCCAAAAUUCUUCAUGAAAUACAAAGUCGAAAAUCUACUUUGCGAACAGAAAAUGUUGUAUCUACCGAAACUAAAUCAUCUAAUCAGUUGAAACUUCCAAAGCUUAACAUUCCUAUUUUUUCAGGUGAAGUUACCCAGUGGCUAUCCUUUCACGAAAUUUUCAAUUCCCUAAUCCACAAUAAUUCCUCAUUAAGCAAUGUCUCCAAGCUACACUAUUUGAUUUCCUCUCUAUCUGGUCAAGCUGCUAGGACAAUACAAUCGUUGGAGAUCACUGAUGACAACUAUGAAGUCGCUCUCAAUCUGCUUAUUGAAAACUACGACAACAAACGUGUGAUUGCCACUGAACACAUUAAAAAGGUAAUGAUGUAUCCAGCUAUUCGAAAACCUUCAUCGUCAAGUCUACGUCAAUUUUGUGAUGAGAUCAACAGUCAUCUUCGUGCUCUUACUACACUUGGACGUCCUGUAAGCCAAUGGGAUGACCUACUAGUUCAAAUACUUCUCCCAAAACUCGACAGUGCAACACUUAACAAAUGGAACGAAGAAGGGCCCACCGAAAGAAUGCCCAGUUACCAGGAGCUUAUAAAAUUUCUUACCAAAUGCACCCUGAUUCUCAAUGACGACAUUCCUCAGCCUAACCAUAAUAUUUACAAGUGUUAUCAAUUUCUUAAUCUGCCUGUUGCUCAAAAACAAAGUUUUGUUAGUGGGAACCAACUAUGUUUUAAUUGCAUUAAGCCCAAUCAUGAUGCAAAUAAUUGCCAAGCAUCAAAAUGUCGCAAGUGCAACAAUUCACAUCACACGCUGCUUCAUGACGAUAACGUUAUACGCAUCCCUCAGGAUGUUCCACAAUCGUCUUCAUAUAACAUUGCAUCAACUUCAAAUGGCCAAAGACCUACCUCAAACAAUGUCGCAAGUUCUUCCAACAGCCUGACUUCGCCGAUGAUCCAGCCAUAUCCCCAAACAUAUCAUCUUCAUGAAAAUACGUCUCCAGCUGCAUACGAUACACAAAGCCGUCCAGCACAAGCCAUUCUUGCCACUGCAGUAGUUUUUGCUCUUGAUAAACAAAACACACCAGUUCCUUGCCGAGUUUUGCUUGACUCUGCUUCUCAUGUCAGCUUGUUAACUGAGCGAAUCGCAAACCUUUUAGGCAUAAGACGUAAGAAUAAAAUAAUGUCCAUCUGUAGCAUCGGAGAAAAUUCAUUAACUUGCAAACAUCAAAUUAGCUUCACCAUCAAAUCGCGAUUUAAUAAUUAUGCUGAAAAUAUUGAUGCUUAUAUUGUGGCCAGAAUAUCAGAGUUCCUUCCUGAUGCUCCCAUUAAUACAAACGGUUUGUCUAUACCAUCCAAUAUUAAUCUCGCAGAUCCCUUAUUUGGAACCCCAAGUCGGGUUGAUCUGUUGAUAGGAGCUGAAUAUUUUUUUAGUUUAUUAUCCAUUGGACAGAUUAAGCUAGGCCCUUGGCUUCCAACUCUUCAAAACACUGUAUUUGGCUGGGUGGUGUCUGGCAGCAUUGCACAAUUAGAAUGCAAGAAAAAGGUCCAUUGCUUGGUAAACGAUUCUGAUGAAAAUAGUGAAAAUGAAAAUAUUGCAUCAAUGCUUACCUCCUUUUGGGAAAUUGAAAAUCACGAACAAAUUGAAUUGCCAUUCACGAAAAAUGAACAAAUUUGUGAAGAACAUUUUCUUAAAAAUGUGAAACGUCUCAGAGAUGGCCGAAUUGAGGUAAGAUUGCCUUUUAAGCAGAAUCCAGAAUCAUUAGGCAAUUCUUAUGCGACUGCCCUUCGAAGAUUUUACGCAUUAGAACGUAAAUUGAUAAAAAAUCACGAUCUCGCAGUGCAAUAUGUUUCAUUUAUGAAAGAAUACAAGCAACUGAAACAUAUGGUGGAGAUCAAAAAUCAAGAUUUUGGUAAAUUGCAUUAUUAUAUUCCCCACCAUUGCAUAACAAAACCUGAGAGCUCUACUACAAAACUAAGAGUAGUUUUUGAUGCUAGUGCCAAAUGUGAUAAUGGUGUGAGCUUAAACGACAUCUUAUACGUGGGCCCAGUCGUGCAGCCUGACUUGUUUUCUUUACUUAUCAAAUUUAGAUCACAUAACUACGUGUUUACUGCUGACGUAACUAAAAUGUACCGUCAAAUUGUUCUCAAUGAACAAGAUCGAGCAUUUCACCAAAUUUUGUGGAGAGACAGACCAGAUGAAGAGAUAAAGACUUAUGAACUCUGUACUGUGACGUAUGGUACGGCCUCAGCAUCUUUUUUGGCUACAAGAGCGCUUUUGUACUUAGCAGAGGAAGAGGGUGAUAAAUUUCCAGUAGGAGCAUCAACAAUAAAAACAGAAUUUUAUGUCGAUGAUAUUCUCACUGGGGCUAGCACGUUAGAGGAGCUCGAAUGUAUCAAAAGAGAAUUAAGAGGAAUAUUAGAUCGUGGUGGAUUAACGCUAAAAAAAUGGUGUUCUAAUAAUAAAAGCUUGCUACAAGAUAUACCACAUGAAGAAAAGGAACAAUUUUUUCAACUUAAAAACAAUGAUGUCAUCAAGACACUCGGUGUAGUGUGGGACCCAAAGGCAGAUACUUUUUUCUACAAGGUCAAUGCUGGUGAAAAUAAGCAUAUUACUAAACGCACUGUGUUAGCUGAUAUAGCACGUUUAUAUGACCCUUUAGGACUUAUAAAUCCUGUUACUGUAUUGGCAAAGAUUUUUUUACAAAGGCUUUGGAAGCUGAAUUUUAACUGGGAUGAAGCUCUUCCACAAUCACUGCAUCAGAUGUGGCUACAAUUUAGAAUGGAAUUAUCAAAUUUGGAUAAAAUAUCAAUUGAAAGACAGGCUAUGUGGGGAAACGUUGAUAAAGUAGAAUUACACGCCUUUUCUGAUAGCUCCGAGAAGGCAUACGGAACCUGUAUUUAUAUGCGUUCUAUUCUGUCCAAUAGAAAGGUUUCGGUACGACUUUUGUGCGCUAAGUCUAAAGUAGCACCUGUAAGGAACGUUUGUCUUCCACGACUCGAAUUAUGUGCUGCGCAGUUGAUGGUACAAUUGGUAAAAAGGAUUCGUCAUAUAUUCCAAGAUAAAUUUGAAAGGGUGUAUUAUUGGACAGACUCCAGUAUAGUCAUCGCAUGGUUGUCUUCAGAAUCACAUCAUUGGCAAACUUUCGUCGUAAACAGAGUUGCAACAAUACAAAAUCUUUCAUCCAUAGAUCAAUGGCGUCAUGUAAGCACCAAACAAAAUCCGGCUGACAUUGUUUCGAGAGGAGCAUUUCCUGGUGAAUUGAUGAACUCAAAGUUGUGGUUUCAUGGCCCAGAAUUCUUAUACCUUUCUGAAGAACAUUGGCCUAAUUCGAAGUCUGUAGAUUCAGUUGAUGAAAACCUUCUUGAGCGCAGACCUACAAAACAUACCUUUUCAUUACAUGAAGAUGCCGAUUUUGUGAUUAAUUUGAAAUUCAACAAUAAUCAUCAGAGAACACUCAAAAUAGUUGCUUAUAUUCUAAGAUUUUUCCACAACUCUUUAGCGUUAUAUAGAAAGAAGGAAAGAGUAGGUGGGCCAUUUACAUUGGAGGAAAUGCAGAACGCUCUUCAUUGUCUCAUAAAGAUGAUACAGCAAUCGAACUAUGGAUCCGAUAUCUUACUUUUGAAACAAAAAAGAUCAAUUUCUCCCAAAUCAAGCAUUUGCUCCCUCAAUCCAUUCAUUGAUGAAAAGGGAAUACUUAGAGUUGGUGGAAGGAUAAAUAACGCUGAUGUUGGGUAUAAGCAUAAACAUCCAGCACUUCUUCCAAAUAAUCACCCGUUUACAAAGGCUUUGAUAAGAGAUAUUCAUAUAAAAUAUCAUCAUGUAGGAGAACAAGGAUUGCUGUCAAUCGUUCGUGAACAAUAUUGGCCUGUGCAUGUGAAGCCUCUUAUACGACGAGUUAUCAGACGAUGUAUAUUAUGCGCUAGAGCACGUCCACGUUUUGAGCAUCCGCAAAUGGGAAAUCUACCAGAGUAUCGUGUGAUGCCCUCACGUCCUUUUACAACUGUAGGAACAGACUUUUGUGGACCUUUUAUGGUUCACUCUCGGCGUCGUGGGACAGCGGCCGUGAAAGUAUAUGUAGCUGUAUUUGUAUGCCUUGUCAGCAAAGCUGUUCAUCUUGAACUAGUUGGAGAUCUCACUACUUCUUCGUUCUUGGGUGCUUUGCGGCGCUUCAUUAGCAGGAGAGGCCUUUGCCGUACCAUAUAUAGUGAUAAUGCUACAAAUUAUAUUGGCGCACGUAACGAGCUCAGGGCGCUUUAUAAGAUGUUUCAAGAUCAACAGUCUAAAUCCGAAAUUAUGAAAACUUGCUUAGACGAGGGCAUCGAAUGGAAGCACAUUCCUCCUAGAUCUCCACAUUUUGGUGGUAUUUGGGAGGCAGCCGUAAAAUCUGCAAAACAUCAUAUGAAACGAAUUUUACAUCUAGCGGCUUUGACAUAUGAAGAGCUUAAUACUCUUAUUAUCCAGAUAGAGUGCAUCCUUAAUUCCCGUCCUCUUUCCCCUCUCUCUGAAGAUCCCAAUGACCUUAAACCUUUAACCCCAGGCCAUUUUUUAACAGGUUCUUCACUUAUUGCAAUUCCUGAGCCAGAUCUGUGCGAUAAAAAUUUAUCCUAUCUAAAUCGUUGGCAGCGAGUGCAAUGGCUUAUGCAACAAUUUUGGCACCGAUGGAAGAAUGAAUACCUCCACACUUUGCAACAGCGGAAUAAAUGGAAAAGGAAUAAACUUGGGCUUCAAUUAAAUGACAUUGUCAUAAUAAGAGAUGAUAACCUUCCUCCGUUAAAAUGGAAGCUUGGUAGAGUCAUAGAAUUGCAUCCUGGUACCGAUCACAUCGUUCGAGUGGUUACUUUGAAAACUGCCACUGGAAUUUUUAAAAGAGCAGUUGCUAAUCUCUGUCGACUACCGGUCGUUGAAGCACCUUCGGACGCUGAGGCAUCUUCAGUUGUUGAAGCACCUUUAGUCCUUCAAGACGGGGAGAAUGUUCAGCCUAUUUUAGAAAAUAAUGUUGAUUUGUAA